AUUCGCUGACUCAGUGCCUUAAGCAGCAUCACCGUUCACCUGGACAGAGCUACAGCAUCCCCUGCGGAGAAAUACAUCAGCCAUGGCUAAAACAGCAACCGCAUACAAAGAGAAGAUGAAGGAGCUGUCCGUCCUCUCCCUCAUCUGCUCCUGCUUCUACCCAGAGUCACGCAAAAAGCUUGUGUGUGAGUUUGAAGACAUGGAGGUGAAACCUAUAAAUAAGCGGGCCUCAGGUCAGGCCUUUGAGGUGAUUCUCAAGCCUCUGUCUCCGGUGUCAGAUGUAGCCCACAACCUCCCCUCACCCCCCAAGAGAGACAUCUCUUUGGAGGAGAUUGAGAAGAAACUGGAGGCUGCUGAAGAACGGAGGAAGUACCAAGAAGCCCAGGUGCUGCGGGCUUUGGCAGAAAAGCGAGAGCAUGAGAGGGACGUGUUGCUAAAGGCCAUGGAAGAGAACAGCAACUUCAGCAAGAUGGCCGAGGAGAAGCUCCAGAUGAAGAUGGACCAGAUUAAGGAGAACCGCGAAGCCCUUCUGGCGGCCAUGAUUGAGCGUCUACAGGAGAAGGAGAGACAUGCAGCUUUGGUGCGCAGGAACAAAGAGCUGAGGGAAGAGCUGACAGCAUAAGCCUCACACAAGUCCUGACUUCCAUGAUCCAUCUAUGUCUCGCCAUCCAGUCCUGUCCCCCCUCCUCUCCCCAACCCUCACCCUCCUCCCCUCAGAACAGACACCCAACCCUGGAGGCCGAGAGGUUCGAGGACCUCACCACCAUCACAACACACCACACCACCAGUACUCACUACUAUCAGUAUUAUCAGUGGAUACAAAAAUCAAUAACACUCAUCUUGAGAAAUGAAUGGAUUUGAUUUUAGAGAAUAUGGCUUUUGUUCUGUAAAUACUUUUUUUUUCAAAUCUGUCUAUCUAUCUAUCUAUCUAUCUAUCUAUCUAUCUAUCUAUCUAUCUAUCUAUCUAUCUAUCUAUCUAUCUAUCUAUCUAUCUAUCUAUCUAUCUAUCUAUGAUGGUAGGUGAAGUACAUACAAAAAGAUUGUACUGUGCUGCACUAUACUGUACAAUUUCAAACAUUUUGUUUGUCAUUGAUUAUUGUUUCAGUUCUUGAAAUUUGACUCUACAACCAUUUUCUUGUGAAAGCCCUUGGUGUUGUGAGUUGGCUGUAGACUGACAUUUGCAGUUGUUUCCUGAUGAUGUCAUGAUGAUGAUGAUGAUGAUGAUGAUGAUGUUUCUGUGUCUUUGUGAAGAAUGACGGUCAGUGUACCUAGGCUGCACACUCCUCAAGAUAUCAACUUAAUCCUAUCUGUAUCUCCCUCACGCACACCUUCUCAUUCUCAGCACGCACGCUUGGAACUUAACAACACACCAAACCCACAGACUGAUGAAGUGUCCACUUCCUCUGAAAUGAGCUUGAUAAUGGACUUGAGAGGUGCUUUAUUGUUAUUAAGAAUGUCUUUGCCCAAUGGGAGCAACUGUUUAUACACUUGCAGAUUCGCUCUUAACCUGACAAAUGCCAUUUCUAGAUGAAUCCAUCUUCAGCCAAAUCAAAAGCUCUGUUUCGUACACAGUAUUUGGGGAUUAAUCUCUUGAAUGUUAUGACACCAUACUGGUACCAUGCAUAGUGUCUUGGACAGUGGAAUGUGCCAUUGCUCCCACCUUGAUAUCGAUAGUGAGAACAUUACGUAUGUCUGUGUGGGUGUAUGUGAAUGCAAAUUUACCAUGAGGCAUCAUUGGUGUCUGCUCUCUCUAGGGGAUUAGAUAGAGAAUGGAUACAGGAUGCUUAUACAUUCAGCACACUGAACUAGUCUCUUUUUAAUAUACAGUAACACUGAUAUCUGCCUGCAUCCUCUGCUGCUUGUGUUU